UUCUUCAAAUGCCUGCAUCGCGGUUUCUGGCGCGCGAUAUAAAUGAAGCAACGCGUAUCGCGUUACACAAAAUCGCUCUUGAAACCCUUGUGUAUAUAUUUAUCCGAGCCACGCAACGGAUUUGCGAUAUUAUAAACAAUGAAUGAACGGUGGAAUGCGUUAGUUGGAUUCAAUACUGCCAUCAGCAGGUGACGAAAUAUGCUCUGUCAUGAACUUCGAACAAUUCUCUAUCCAUGUUUCAAGGUACGAGGGGCAAGCCCUGGUUCUAAUAUCCUCGACUCAAAAUGACCAGGAGACCACCACGCAACGGUUCUGAGCUAGUCAGCGAUAGUGAGUCAACGCUUUCGCUGCACCGUCGCCUGUCUUUCGGAACUUGGACCUACGCAGAAACAGCUGAUGAUCUGUAUAGAGGGUACUUGCACAUUUUAUUAGGCGAAAUAAAAUAUUGCCUGGUUUGAAAUGUGAAAAUUAAUGUUGAUUCCCGGUUCAGAAGACCCCGAGAGAAGGCUUUGCGCCUCUGAAGAAUCACAAAUUUCAUCCUAAUUAUGAUAACACUGGACGUUUCAAAUUCAGAAAUUUGUUUUACUAUUUUGUAACUCACAUUAUUAUGUAUCAAAGUUAACUAUAAUUUAUAACUCAAUCAGAUUCUAUGCUUAACUUUAAUAACUUUAUUUGUGACUUGGUCAUAAGAUUUUCAAGCUCAUUUAUAUGCAUUGUGUUUUUAUAGAAUUUCCUCCGAAAGGCACGAAAUUUAAGAAAAUCAAAUUUUUAUGGACAAAGUUAAAAAUUUAUUGAUUCGCCGCUUAUUAUUAUUGACUGAUAAUUAUCUUUAUCUAGUACUUCUGUAAUAUUAUAGUGUGAUCUCCAGAAUACAGUUACACUGCUGAUUUUAAUUUCACGUUACUUUUAUUAGUAAAUAUUCUUCAAAAUUAGGUACCAGAUAAAUUUAAUUCGCGUCCACAAAAAUGAUUUGUGAUGGUCGGAGAAUCGUUUUCGGCUUUACUGGUAACUCUAGAUCAUUUUAUCAGUCGGUGGUUUAAAGACCUGUGUCCGGCCGUCGCAGCAGAAGCUUUUGCGCGAAACUCAAAUGCAUUUUCGCAGACAGAACUAACCUAUAACGUAGAAUUUUCUGCUAUUCUUACAAUUUGCGGACUAUUAAGGAUGUUUAAAAAUCUCAGCUGCAGUAAAAAACUGUCCGGAAAUCUGAGAGUAUUAGCACUGAAUAAACCCACAGGAAAGAGAUGUUCCAGUAAAAAGGCAGCACCCAAUUACCUACCGAGGAUAUUUUCUGGUAUUCAACCUACCGGUGACGUUCAUUUGGGAAAUUAUUUAGGUGCGAUACAAAAAUGGGUUGAACUUCAAAACUCUAAUCAGGAUGUCAUUUACAGUAUUGUGGAUAUGCAUUCCAUUACUUUGCCACAGGAUCCAAAAGCAUUAAAGCAAAACAUUCUAAACAUUACUGCGACAUUAUUGGCAUGUGGAAUUGAUCCCGAUAAAAGCAUUUUGUUUCAGCAAUCUACAGUUUCUAUGCAUACUGAGCUUUGCUGGAUUCUCAGUUGCUUGACCACUAUGCCACGUCUAGCACACCUGCCUCAGUUCAAAGAAAAAAGUGCGACAGUAAAAGACGUUCCUCUCGGGUUGUAUAUUUAUCCUGUCUUACAGGCAGCUGAUAUUUUGCUAUACAAGUCAACACAUGUACCAGUUGGAGAAGACCAACUACAGCAUUUACAAUUGGCUCAACAUUUAGCAAAACUGUUUAAUGGAAAAUUCGGAGAGACAUUUCCAAUACCUCAUUCAAUGAUCAAUGAUGACAGCAGUUGUAGAAUAAGAUCCUUGAGAGAUCCGACAAAGAAAAUGUCAAAAUCUGAUCCUGAUCCCAAGAGCCGAUUACAAUUAACGGAUGAGCCGAAGGUUCUUUUAAACAAAGUUAAAAAGGCAAUAACGGAUUUCACCUCUGAAGUUACUUACGCACUAGACGAAAGACCUGGUGUCUCAAAUCUUAUCACCAUUCAUUCUUUGUUGAGUGGAAAAACACAUGAUGAAAUUUGCAGAGAAGCCCAAGGUCUUGAUACCGGAAGGUACAAACUGGUUGUUGCAGAUGUUGUUAUAGAAAAAUUAACUCCUAUUCGUGAACGUUUACUUGAACUCGAAAGGGAGCCUCAGUACUUGGAAGAAGUUUUAAGAAAAGGUGGUGAGAAAGCAACAGAUAUCGCCUGUGAUUGUUGGCAUGAAGUUAGAGAUAAAGUUGGGUUGAGUAAUAACGUAUUGUCGAGCGCGAGUAAACGGGAAUUAGGGAAACUGCAAAGUAGCCUGUAAGUCUGCAGAAAAACUGUUUAUUGUAAAUAAAAUAUAAUUAAUUAUUUAUA